ACAGACGGUUACGAUGACGGUCGUGCAGGUCGAGGGAACCGGUCGCGAUGUGGUUGGCGACGUGGAGGAUGGUUACCGCUGGCGAAAAUAUGGCCAAAAGGCGAUAAAAGCGAGCCCUUAUGAAAGAAGUUACUUUAGGUGUAGCAAGGAGGGUUGCGGUGCACGACGGGUUAUCGAAAGGUGCCCGGAGCAGCCCGAAGACGAGAGUGUAGCUGCGACACAUACGAAUCUGCUCGUGACUUAUAUCGGGGAGCAUUCGCACGCGCGGCCGUUCCGAGCCAAGGUGAUCUACAAGCCCGUUCUUGAUGCUUCUCAGGAACCUUCCCUAGAGGAGAAACCCUCUGCUGACGUCAGCACUGCAGUAAACCCUAAUGCUGCCGGUACUGCGUUGGGUUCUCCUGCUGUUCCGCAGACGCAGCAUGAGCGAGCCUGUGAGCCGGAGAUAACUGGAGCUGUAGGGGAGAUGCAGGACAGGGGGGAAGCAGGCAGUGGUGCAGGCAUGCAGCAGAUGGCCAUGCCACACCUGCAGGAGCUGAAAAUCGAAGAUUUCUCCUUUGACGACCUUCCCAGGCUAUGGUGAAGCUUUCUACAGUGAUGCUGAUGGUUAUAACGAAUCAGCCAAGGCUGUUCUUAUGGCAUCAGGGACUGGGUUUCGGGUUUUUGUUCAGGGUUUAGUUCUAAGGCAUGUACAGCCUUCCAUCCAUCCACCCGCUCUGGCUGUGGGGACGGAUGGCAGGCUGUACCCCUUAUAAGUUGGUGUUCUUACCGUUUCUGUGCUACUUUGCUGGCUAGUACAGCCUUCCAUCCAUCCGCCCCCUGUGUGUGCGGAUGGAUGGCAGGCUGUACCACUCUCUUUGUUAUGAUUUCUGCUAUUUUCUAUGCUAUAUUUGAACUUGAAACCCCCG